ACUUCCAUCAGCGUACUGUCCUGCCUCAGCCUGCUGCUGGUGGCUGCUGUCGCCCAGGCACCAAAACCCUGCGUUUCUCCACCACUGAUGAGUGGAGGCCUCACUGUGAUGGGUGGCAGCGGAAUCUACAUGUCAACAGGAACAAUAAGCUAUGAUGCUUUUGGACAGAGGGUGCGGGUUAGAAACUAUGGGCUUACCGGCAAUCAGUCCACUGGUAUAGAUCAGCUGAUGCUUUUCAACCAGAAAGUCUAUUAUGAGAUCGACUGGAGCAAAUUCUCUUGCAAGAAGAAGGCACUUGAUACCUCCUUCAUUCCCAUGCAUGUGCCUGCUGAUGCUAAACUGAUGGGUCAGGUAUUCCUGGGCUCCUCUUCCUCCUGGGGAAUGGGUGUGCUAUCCAACACCUGGUAUGGAAGCCUGCCAAACAAUGGCAUGUACUCGACUGUCUUCACUGAGAUUGGCUGCAUCCCGAUGACCUACACCAGCUUCACCCCAGAGUCUGGAUGGACCACCAUCAGCACCUUCAACUGGGUCGUGGGCAACUCAAACCCCAUGGAGUACAUCCCACCUUUCUUUUGUGCCAAGUCUAAACUGGAGGAGACAGAGACACCAGACACCAUCUUCACUGCCUUGCAGUCUCUUGCCAUGAAGACCAAGAAAGAGGAGUAAACAUCUGGAGUGUGUCUCACCAAAAUAAUCACCAAUACUGCUCCUGUCAAGGCAGCAGAGCUAACCCAAAUGAUUUGGUAAUCAUCUAACGUAAAUCCAUUUAGAUCGACAUGAUUUCCAAGUCUACUUUAACCUGCUAAGCCACCAUAUAGUCACCUGUUGAACAACAAGUCACAGGGAUGUCAAUUACACUCUUGACAUGUAUUUGUAUUGUAAUGAGGUAGAACUUGAACAUCUCAAUGUUUGGUAUUGCAGGAAAUAGCAAGAUCACAACUAGACUAUCAGAAGGAAAUUAGAGGUACACAGCAGGAACUAAGUGAAGGAGACCUUUCAGUAACAUCUACUGUAGCUUGAUCCUUGCUCUGUAUUGUAUCUCUGUCGUCCUCUUCAAUUAAAAGCAUUGAAUAAAACUGUA